CUAUCUUCUUCUGCUGUUCUUUGAUUCACCCUAGCAGAAAGCAAUAUGUUAUUGUUUGCGAAGUUUGAAGUAUCGCAUAUGAUGUCAUAAAUAUUGUCGUAUAUGCUACCUGGUGAAAGGCGUGGAAAACUAUGCUAGUUUUACGUAUCCGUACUGGAUGCUUGUCAUCUUUUGUAAUGUGAUAGCCCGUUUAUGUGCAUUACAAGCAUGAUUUACGGAAAUACAGAGUGCGAGGAAGGAAAUGAAGAUCCCAUCAAUGUCAGUCGCACUCUGGCGUCGACACCAUCGUCAUCAACAUCAGGGUGUAUAUCCGGGGACGAUACGUGGGAUGGAAAAUCAACGAUUCCGCCAAGUUUAAUAAGUGUGGCGAAUUGCCUUUCGAUUUCAGAGGAUGGGCCUGGACUUACCUCAGUGGAGGAGUUGACGAAGGCUGUGGAGCAAUGCAAGGAUAUGGUAUUGGAAAGUCCAGAACGCUCGGAGGAGAGAAAGUGGUUGGUGAGGCGCUUAAUCGAACUGCGUUUGCGACUGCAAGAAGCACGAGAUGUGGCUGAAGAAUUAACCUGUAGCCCUCGGGAAGAUAUCAAAGUACGCUUAGGGCAUCAUUUUGUAUUUCAGAACCAGCCCGUUUCUGCAUCAAAACAAUACUGUGAUAGAUGUUGUGGUGCUGUCUGGAGUAUGAUUCAGUCAUGGUAUCAGUGUAGAGAUUGUUUGUAUGUUUGUCACACUAAAUGUCUUGCACAAGUAUGCAGAAUUUGUGCUCAUGUUAUAGCAUCAGAGAAUCCACAAUACAUUAAGGACAUAUGCCCAGAAGUAGGGCUUUCUGCUCAGUCAUACAGAUGUGCAGAAUGUAAAACACACAUAACAUUCACCUUCCCAAAAGGACUGACAUGUUUUGGACGGCCGUUCACAUCAGAAAACAGCUGGGUGGAGCCACGUCUGUGUGAUUAUGAUGGCUGUUAUUACUGUCCAAGCUGCCACUGGAAUUCCAUGGCUGUAAUACCAGCAAGAGUUAUCCAUAACUGGGACUUUGAGGAAAGACCUGUGUGUCGUGCUUCAAGGCAGUUACUCCAGCUAAUGAUUAAGCGGCCUUUGUUGAAUCUGGAAGAACUGAAUCCAAGAUUAUUUGGUUUUGUUGAAGAACUUGGUUUUGUGAAGAAAAUGAGGGAGGACAUAAUGAUUAUGAAGAAGUAUUUCAUUUCUUGCAAAGACGCAACUGAACAGCGGCUGUUGUGGCAACUGAAGGAUUACAAUCAUUUCAUUGAUAAUGUGGACACAUACAGUUUACAGGAUCUUAUUGACACUAAUUCAGGAAGACUGCCUGACAGACUAAGUAAGAUCCAUGCUGAAUUCACAAAGCACAUCAAGGAGGAAUGCAAGGUAUGUUAUGGUAGAGGCUAUGUAUGUGAACUUUGUGAAGAAGACCAAGUGAUAUUUCCUUUUGACUCUUCAGCUGUAAGUUGCAUAAAGUGCUCUACUGUUUUCCAUCGCAACUGUUGGAGCAGAAAAAAUCAGCAGUGUCCUAAGUGUUUACGACUCGAAGAGCGUGCAAAGCAGAAGGAUGCUUCGAGUGACAGUGAUUAAGGCUUAAAUCUUUUAUAUCAAUGGAAAGUUUAACAGUCUUCAUUAUCCUUUGUUUUCCAUGUGUUCUGUGAAACCUUGUAAUAAUUAAUAUUAAUUAUUGCUUAAAGAUUUUUGAAAUUUAGAUUCUGAUCGCCAAGAAAAGAAUUGAAUUGUUUCUAUGUCAUUUGCAUUGUAUGUAGUUUAAAAAAUAAAUGUAUAAUUUGUUUUGUAUAAA